AUGACUCAAGUGGCAGAGGUGAGUAAUUUGCUGGUUGUUUAGGUUGAAAUCAAUCAAUAAAUAAAUAAAUGACGAAAUAUUUCAGGCUGAAGUCAUGUCUGGAAAUGUCAAGGAUAUUGUGAAUCGACUUUCGCGCGAUAUGACGAAUCGUGUGCCGUUUUCGGUGCAUUCGCAGAAUGAUAGACGUGAGAGGCGUUAGUUUUUGGGUCUCGUCGCGAAAUUCUGGUCAAAAUGACACCAAAUUUGCAUAUUUUUGGCGUCAAAUUCAAUUUUGGCGCCAAAAGUAGGCAUAUUUGGUGUCGUUUGGCGCCAAAUCUCACGCCAAAUUCAAAAAUUCAAAAAAUUCAAAGCUUCAGAAAUCUUCAUCGGCGCAUUUCCCUACACAUCACAACAAGAAGACGAACUGUCAUUUGGUGUUGGUGACGUCAUUGAGGUAAGAGCGAGAGAGCAUGGGAUUUUGAGAGAGACGCAGAGAGAAAUGUUUUCAGCUUAUCGAGGAGGUUGAAGAUGGUUGGUCACGUGGGCGGCUAAAAACGACGGGUGCCAUCGGCAUGUUUCCCACCAAUUUUGUGCAUCAGAAGAGCUGUGAGUUGGGCUAAGUUACUGGAAAAUGCAAGUGCGCUCUAGCGAACAAGACGAUUUUUCGAGAAAAAUUCAAAAAUUGAGAGAAUUUUCAUUAUUUUGAGACCAAAUAUGAUUAUUUUCACUAAAAAAAAAGCAAGUGCGCUCUACCGAACAACAUAAUUUUUUUUGAAAAAAAUUCAAAAACUUAGCUCCAAGUAGAAUUUCGAAAAAAAAGCAAGCGCGCUCUACUGAACAAAUUGAUUUUUCAAGAAAAAUUCGAAAAUUCAGAGAAUUCGCAUUUAUUUGAAACCAAAUAUGAUUAUUUUCACUAGAAAAAAGCAAGUGCGCUCUAGCGAACAACACGUGUUUCUGAGGAAAAUUCAAAAAAUCAUGGUUUUCGCGCCAAAAUCUACCGUAUUUGCACUCUUCCUGCGCCAUUUUUCACGCAAAAUUCAAAAUUUCAAUUCAUUUUCAGCUUCCACCAAUCCCACCACAACAUCGUCCAACUUGCGCCCAAAAUCCGAAGCUACAGUAGUUUUGCGUGAAACCGUCGAACCGAAAGCCAUCGAAAGAACACCGUCUACAGUAAUCACAGAGAUUUUGAAACCGAUUGGAUUUGUGAAAACAAAUAAUAGUGAUGUGAAAAUUGAGGCAAAUUCGAUGAAAGGUGAGCAUUUUGGACGAAAAUACUGGAAAUUUUGAAAAAUUCGAGCUAGAAAUUGAUUUUUCAGCAAAUGCGCUCUACCGAACUAAGAAUUUGAAUUUUUCAUUGAAAACCCGGGAUUCAGAUAGAGCGCACUUGCUCUUUUCCACUCAAAAAUCGACCAUUUUCACCAAAAAUAGCAAUUGCGCUCCACAGAAAUUCAUGAUUUUUGUGAAAAAUUCAAAAUUUCAGUUUUAAAUAUGAAAAGUAGCCGAAAAUCAACCAUUUUUUAUUAAAAAGAGCAAAUGCGCUCCACAGAAAUUCUUGAUUUUCCUAGAAAAAUUCAAAAUUUCAGUUUUAAGUAUGAAUACUAGCCGAAAAUCAACUAUUUUGAAUAAAAAAGAGCAAAUGCGCUUCACCGAAAUGAUUGAUUUUCUGAAGAAAAAUUCAAUUUUCAAUUUUAAACAUGAAAAGUAGGCUAAACUCAACUUUUUUAAACAAAAAUAGCAAAUGCGCUCCACCGAAAUCUUUGAUUUUCUGAUAAAAAUUCAAAAUUUCAGUUUUAAAUAUGAAAACAAAAAAUAGCAAAUGCGCUCCACCGAACAUCCCGUUUUUCCCCAAUAAAUUCAAAAAUUCCAAUUUUUCCCCGCAGAAAUGGCUCGUGUCAAAUUCGUCUAUAUUCCACAACAUCCAGAUGAGCUGGCUCUAUCAGAUUUGGAUGUUUUGAUAAAUAUUGUAAAUAAAAAUUGCGGAGAUGCCGGAUGGUUUGAGGGCGAACUGCACGGCAAAAAUGGACUUUUCCCCGAUAAUUUUGUCGAAUUGGUGCAGGUUGGUGCAAUUUUUUUUUUGAAUUUAGCGCCAAAUUUGACGCAGAAUGACACCAAAUAUCAUAUAUUUUGGGACAUUUUUUGAAUUUUUCUCAAAAAAUCAAAUUGUUCACUAGAGCGCACUUGCUUUUUCUAGUGCAAAAAUCAGCGUAUUUCGUGUCAAAAUAAUUCGAAUUGAAGGAUUUUGGCGCCAAAAAAGUUUUUUCCUAGUUUUUGGUCUACUCUUCUCUUUCCCCUCUUUUUUUUCGCCUAACUCCAAAAACCAACAAAAAAAGUCGCCUUUUUUCGCACAUGACUCAUGUUAGAAUCGAUUUUUCUUCCUCUUUUUUCAUUGUUUCCUCUCUGGAGAGUAGAAUAUUUCAGUUUUUAUUGAAUUUUAGCUAGAAAUUGCAAAUGCGCUCUAGCGAACACCCCGGAAAAUUCAAACUUUUAGCUAACUAGAAAAUGCGCUCCACUGAAAUUAAUGCGGUAAUGUGAAAAAUUCAAAUUUUUUAGCCAGAAAGAGCAUAUACGCUCUACCGAAAUUCAGGAUUCUUGUGGAAAAAUUUGAAUUUUUAGCUAGAAUUAGCAAGUGCGCUCUAUUGAACUUUCCCAUUUUUUCUCCAAAAUUCAAAUUUUCAACUAUGAAAAUGCUCAUUUUCUAUCCAAGAUUCAAAAAGAGCAUAUGUGCUCUAGCGAAAUUCAGGAAGUUUAAAGAAAAAUAUGAAAUUUUGGCUAGAAAUAGCAAGUGCGCUCUACCGAAAUUUCCCAAUUUUCCUCCAAAAUUCGAAUUUUCUACCAGGAAAAUCGAUUUUUUCUAUAAAAUUCUCCUCAGAGAGCAAAUGCGCUCCAGAGAACAUUAUGGGGAAAAUUCUUUUUUUUUUCUUUCUAUGAAUCACCCCCUCAUAAAAACAUGUUUAUUUUUCAGCCAAUUUUUCUCUUCCCAGAAAAAUUCGAAUUUUUUCAGGUUCCCGCCGGCACUGAAUCUGGCGCCAAAUUCGCUGCCAUCAAACACACCACACCCAAUCACAUCCACCACAAACCACCGCCACAAAAUCCGCCACAACCCGCCGUGCCGCCGAAACCGCUUAAAAUGAAAAUGGAGUCUGCCGCCGGAAGCAACGCGUCCGCCUCCACACCAACACCAAUCUCACCAAUUUCACCAACCACAUCUACAGGAGCACUUCCGCCAUUCCAGAGCGCAACUGUUGCGUCGAAAAAGGAUGCGUUUGCCGCGUUGAGGGAUAAAAUUACGUCGGUAUGUCAUUUUUAAAUUUUUUUCGUGAUCUACGUGAAAAUCCACGUGGAAUGACACCAAACAUGAUAGGUUUUGGUGAAAUUUUCGAAAAUAUGUGACCCCCCCCCCGGAUUUAGUACGGGGGGAUUUAUUUUGAAUUCCAAAAGUUUUCAGUGGUUUUUUCGAGAUCUACGUGAAAAUCCACGUGGAAUGACACCAAACAUGAUAGGUUUUGGUGAAAAUUUGAAAUUCAUGUGACCCCCCUGGAUUUAUUACGGGGAGGGGGGUUCAUUCUGAAUUCCAAAGGUUUUCAAUGAUUUUUUCGUGAUCCACGUAAAAAUCCACGUGGAACGACACCAAACAUGAUAGGUUUUGGUGAAAAUUUGAAAUAUAUGUGACCCCCCCCUUUUUAUAGGUCAGGGGUAUCAAUACUGAAAAAUCGAUAAUUUUGAAGAUUUUUAUUGAUUUUUUCGUGAUCUACGUGAAAAUCCACGUGGAACGACACCAAACAUGAUAGGUUUUGGUGGAAAUUUGAAAUAUAUGUGACCCCCUGGAAUAAAUAAAGGGGGGGGGGGGUUCAUUUUGAAUUUAUAGGUAUUUUUCAAUGUUUUAUUGAUUUUUUCGUGUUCUACAUGAAAUUCUACGUGGAACGACACCAAGCAUGAUAGGUUUUGAUGAAAUUUUCAAAAUUCAUAUGGCCCCCUGGAUUUAGUACGGGGGGGGUCAUCAAAAAUCGAUAAUUUCAACAAAAUUGUAUAAAAAGUACACCAAACGAUGCAGAAUUUCAUGGGGAUUCUGAAAAUCACUAUAGAAAAUUCGAAAGUUACCUUUUUUUAGUGAAAAAUCUUUAGCAAAACUAUGUUUGUUGAAAGACCGUGUUCCCUGAACAUUUUUCAAACUUCUAAAUACUGUUUUCAUGAUCUACGCGAAAUUUCACGUUUUUCGACACCCAUAUUUAUAUAUUUUUGAAAAUUUUCAAAUUUUAGGUCUUAAAGGACCCAUCUAGGCUGAAAAACAUUUUGGUCCCAAAUAUUUUGAAAAAAGUUUUUCCCACCGUAGAUCACCAAAAUCACAAUUUUCCCCGAAAAAAUCAAUUUUUCUUGCAGAAUCUCAAAGUCGUUGGUCCUCCACCACUUCACAGCGGAGCCAAACCAGGAGCCACCAAUUUCGAAUCAACAGAAAGUGAUGUGGGAGGAGCUGGCGCCGAGCCAACAAUGAAUCCAGAAAGUGGCGGUGGAGAUCAAAUCACCGAACUUCAACACAUCACCAAAAAUCGGGCGAGACCACAAAAGAAUCGACCGAUGAGUAUGGUUAUGAAUCGGCAGAGGGUGGGUUUUUUAUUUGGUUUUUUUCGUGAUCUACGUGAAAUUUCACGUCGAAUGACACCUAUUUUCAUAUAUUUUUGAAAAAUUUCGAAUUUUGGUCCUUAAAGGACCCUUAUAGGUUUAAAAAAAAUUGCAAAAGUUUUUCAGUGAUUUUCUCGUGAUCUACGUGAAAUUCCACGUUUUUAGACACCCAUAUUUAUAUAUUUUUGAAAUUUUAGUUCUUAAAGGACCCAUCAAGGCUAAAAAUAUUUUUGUUCAAAAAUUUUUGAAAAUUAUUUUCCCGCCUAAUUCGAACCCGUAGAUCAUGAAAAUCUACUCAUUUCCAUCUAAAAGUCGCAAAAUUAAGUUUGGAAAAAUUCUAGCAUUUUCUGAAAUUUUUCAGAAAUGUUAACGUGAUUUACGUGAAAUUCCACGUUUUUUAAAACCCAUAGGUAUAUAUUUUCGAAUUUUGAGUCUUAAAGGACCCAUGAGGGCUAAAAAAUUUUUUUUGCAAAUUCUCAACCUGACCAAACACCAAAACUUGUUUGUUUUACCAUUAACAAUUCUGACCUUGAAAAAAAGUUUUUUUCCUUUUUUCAACUAUAAAAAAAUGAAUUUUUAUUCUAUGUUUGCCCCAAAAAUCAAUUUUCUUUUUCAGUCCUCGGAUGAGUCACCAAGUGGAGCACGUUUGAGCUCACCAACCACCACACCAUUACCAAUGUCUACCUCAAUGUUUGCGCCAUCCACUCUCACCUCAAUUGCCACGUCAUCAUCGGCCACCACCGCCUCGCCAGGUCCCAAACCUAUUCUACCGCCAUCUUCCGCGUCCAAACCGGCCUUGCGGCCAAUUUUACCGCAAGUUGCGGCGUCGCAUGAGGACCGAGGUAAGGUUUUUUGGGAUUUUCGUGAUCUACGUGAAAUUUGGCGCAGAAUGAUACCAAGCGAGGUGGAUUUUGAUUAAAAUUUUAAAAAUAUGUGACCCCCCCCCUUUUUAUGGGUCAGGGGGUAUCAAUAAUCAAAAAAUCGAUAAUUUCGAAGAUUUUUAUUGAUUUUUUUGGGAUCUACGUGAAUUUCCACGUUGAAAGACACCUCACACGCUAUAUUUCCAUGAAAAUUUUAAAAAUAUGUGACCCCCCCCCUUAUAGGUCAGGGGUAUCAAUACUCAAAAAAUCGAACAUUUUGAAGAUUUUUAUUGAUUUUUUCGUGAUCUACGUGAAAUUUCACGUCGAAAGACACCUCACAAGCUAUAUUUUCAUGAAAAUUUGAAAAACAUGUGACCCCCCCUUUUAUUAGUCAGGGGGGGGAACCUAAAAUUUACAAAAUUCAUAAAAUUUGUUGAAAAAUAUACCAAAAGAUGCGGAAUUUCAUGGAGAUUCUAAAAAUGUCGAAAAAAUCCGAAAAAAAAAUACGGAAUACUUAAAAAAAUUCCGAAAAAAUUUGGGAUUCUUGAGGCUCCCCUGGAAGGUUUUUUUAGAUUUUGUAGAAUUUCUCCGAGGUUUUUAUCGAUUUUUUCGCGAUCUGCGUGAAAUUUCACGUUUCUAGACACCCAUAUCUAUGAAUUAACGAAAGUUUUUAAAUUUUUGGUCUUAAAGGACCCCUCUAGGCUGAAAAAAUGUUUUCCAGCCGAAUUUGAUGAAAAUUGUUUUCCCGCCUAAUUCGAUCCUGUAGAUCACGAAAAUUCACAUGAAUCCAUCUGAAAAUCCCGAAUUUUUGCAGAAAAAGGCGAUUUUGUGUCGCGCGCCGAGUACAAUGAAUUGUUGGAACGAUUAAAAUUGCUGGAAAAUCGCCUGGCUGCUGUGGAAUCCUCCAAGAAAUUCUGA